AUGUCUCACACGCCAACUUCAACAACCCCAUCGGGUAAUGCUGCUGCUCCACAAGGCCAACAAGACAAGAAACCCUCUUUGACCGGGGUGAGGAUCAAGCAGAGAAAAGGUCAAGCUAAAGCCACAGCAAAGUUUGAGCCAGAAGGAUUCCGAGACGCCCUUCUUCUACACCUCGCCCUUAUUCCUACACCUUACACUACCGAUGCGUUAGUGACCAAAUUAGUUCAAGCAGGAGCUACAUUAGAGUUCUUAAAAUAUUACGAACAGCUAUUUGAGGUUUUAUUCGUUGGUGGAUUACUACAACCCGGAGGAAGUUACUUAGAUGAUAAGAAAUCACCCAUUUAUCUAUUAAGAGAAGAAGACGAAGAAUGGAAAAAUGUCGGUGUGAAAGGAAUGAUUGAUGUGCUCAAAAGAGUUAUUCAAAGAUACAAAUAUUUACAAAAACCUUUGGAAGAGAACUUUUUACCCGAUUUAUUAGGUUAUUUACCUAAAUGGGAUCUCGAAUCAAGAAAUAAAUUAGCAGAAGCAACAGCUUUAUUAGUUGUUGAGUUACAAUUUUCCUCAAAAUGUUUACAAUCUUUAACUAAAGAGCAUGUCGUAAAAGAUAAUGUAGCAUUACAGUUCUUAACUGUAUUCGCUAAAACAUGUUUAUCAAAACAAUCAAUUGAUCAAUUCGGUUCAACAGUUAGAAGAUCGGGUUUGAAAGAUAUUUUAAAUGUUUUCCCUUUACAAACUAGAAGUAGAAAAAACUUGGAAGAACAUUUCAAAAAGGAAGGUCUUCAACCUAUAGUUGAUUGGUAUGCUAAAUUGGCAAUGGGUGAAGUCAAAGAUGAGACUAUUUCAAACGUAGAAAGAAUGUUCAACGAUGAAGAUUCUAAUGAACAGAUCAUUGAAACACUUAAAACUCAACAAGCUGAGAAGCCUGUUCCAGAGGCUGAUUUAGUCGAUUGGAUUUGGCAAGGAUUGAUGAAAUCAGUUGAUGUCAACGCUAGAGCUGAUCAAGUCGACGCCUUUGUCGUUCAACAUGUCACUAAAUACGCUUCAAUCCUCGAGCCAUUCUGUACCACAGCUAAAGCUCAAGUCAAUUUGAUCAAUUCAGUACAAGUUUAUUGUUACACCGAUACUAGAAUCAUCAAAUCCUUUGUUCAAAUACUCAAAAUCUUCUACAACGCCGAUGUAGUUUCAGAUCAAGCUAUCAUCUACUGGCACCAAAAAGGUGCUAAACCAAAUGGUAAACAACAUUUCCUCAAAGCUACUGAAGCUUUAGUCAAGUUCCUCGAAGAACAAGAUUCAGAUGAAGAAGAGUAA